AUGAAUGAAAAUUUAUUUGCCCCUUUCGUGACUCCAACAAUAAUAGGCCUCCCCGUAGUCAUUCUAAUUAUUAUAUUCCCAAGUAUUUUAUUUCCAACAUCAAAACGACUAAUUAACAAUCGCAUAAUUUCCCUUCAACAAUGGCUAAUCCAGCUUACAUCAAAACAAAUAAUAAGCAUCCAUAAUCAUAAAGAACAGACUUGAUCACUAAUACUAAUAUCGCUCGUUCUAUUUAUUGGGUCAACCAACCUUCUUGGACUACUGCCCCACUCAUUUAUACCCACCAUGCAGCUCUCAGUGAAUGUGGGAAUAGCCAUCUCCCUAUGAACCGGUACCGUGGUUAUAGGUCUCCGCAACAAAACAAAAGCAUCUCUAGCUCACUUCCUACCACAAGGCACGCCCACCCCCCUCAUCCCCAUGCUAGUAAUUAUCGAAACUAUCAGCCUAUUCAUCCAACCAGCAGCACUAGCUGUGAGACUAAUGGCCAAUAUUACAGCAGGUCAUUUAUUAAUACAUCUAAUCGGAGAAACAACCUUAGUGCUAAUAAGCAUCAGCACAUUCACGGCUCUCAUUACAUUCAUUAUUCUCACCCUAUUCACUAUCCUCGAAUUCGCCGUUGCUAUAAUUCAAGCCUAUGUGUUUACCCUCUUAGUAAGCUUAUAUCUGCAUAACAACACAUAA